UGUUAAGCCCCCAGUCCAAGCCUUCAGGAGGGCAAGAAUGGCACCGUUCAAGGGGCAAAAUGCAGGGGGCACGACCGCGUCAUGAGGGCACGGGGUGAGGGCUGGGUUGCCAUGCUGGUCUCACUGCAGGGGCUUCUCCAGUUUGCAGGGAAGUGGCACAUCCCGGCCCUUGCGUCCACCGAGGAGAUGCUCCAGAGCCUGAAGGACAUUAUGACGACGCCGGCGGCACGGAUUGUUCUCUUACCGAACGGCAACUUGGAAUUAGAGUCUUACUACCUUCUGGGGGAGAACUGCGAAGAAAUGAAGAGUACCUUCACAAAGACGGAGCAACCUGGGCACUUCACAGCAUCUGACGAGAACAUGGAGAAGGACCUGUGGGUGCUGGCCACCGACAACACCAACUUCGCCAUCCUCUACGUCCAGAGGAAAGGGAAAGACAUGCCGCCCAGCAGGAGUCUCCAGCUCUACACCAGAGAUCCCAACCCAGGGGAGAACUUGGGCUUAUUCAAGAAAUAUUGCGCAAAGAUGGGGCUCCUGGACCAGCUGGUGGUUCCGCCCUUGUCCGGUGAGUGGAGGGCCCCUCCUCCCGGCCUUUGCUUUGCAGACCCCUCUCUUGGGGUUCUGAGUCUGCUUCCUGUUUCUCAUGCUGCCGGGGGCAGCGGUGGGGGCUGCUCUCCAGCCUCAUCUGCAGCUGGAGGUGGCUGUGUUUACCCUGGCCCAGUCCUGCGGUCUGUACCUGAGACCAGCCUUGGGCAUCGCCCCUGGCCAGUCAGAACUGGCUCCAAGCAGGGGACCCAGAACGUGGCCCACAUUGAAAUGGGGCCUUUUGCGGGCAGAGGAAGAGUGACGGGAGCCGCACGCCAUCCGGUGGCCUGCUUUGGCUCUGGCCCUGGCUCAUGGGAGUGCUGCCCGCUGCGGCUCCUUCUGUCCAUCUGGGCUCCCUUUCCAGAUGGGGGUGGGCUGCAGAGGCCACUCUGGCAUAGGACACCUGGGAGUCCCAGACCAGACGGAAGGUGCCAGCUUGGGAACACCAGCAGGAAGUUGCAGCUAAGGGAAUCGUGA